UGAAACCUGGACAAAGGCAGUCACUCAAGGUAAUCAAACCCAAAUUUAAGUGUUCAUCACUUUGAGGUGAUCUCAGAAUUCAGGCCCUUUAAUAAUGAGGCAGAAUUAUAAGAUUUUAGUCCUUAAAAGCCUGAACUAUGAAACAAUUGCCAGAAAAUUCAAAUUCCUUUUCCAGUUUAUUGACUACAGUGUAUUGUGCACUUUGUGGAGGAAGGAAAAAUUACACUGAUGAUGUAGAAGUUUAAAAAACUGAUGCAUGACAUAUCACACACUUGGUGUCACCGUGCUGGGGGUCCAAGAAUCAAACUUGAGCCUUGCUUGGUCUGGUUUAAAGGUAGCUGAGUCAUGUGUUCGCUUCGAGUGUGUUUUAGUGUAAGUCGGGGUCUCUGUGUCGUGGAGGUCCCCCUGCUCCCGCUUGGUGUGCUUACAGCUUCGUCGCCCACAGCAGAGCUGUUACCUGCACUGAGGAAGGAGGGGUCAUGCGCGCACCUGCGCUCGCCCUCAUGCGUCUCGCCUUGAGAACGCGGGUCCAAAGGACAGCGUAAGCGCGCGCCGGCCCUCGCGGGUCUCGUGGCUCUCUGUUUGUGUGUCCGCGGCUCAGGCCCGAGCCGACAAUAAACAGAUGAAGGCGGCCGCGAUGGGAGGAGAGGACCGAGUAGAGGGCAGGUCCAGCAGGGCGCGGUCUCCUUCUCCUCCUCCCGCGGCACCUCGUGUGCACUGUAGCAGGCUUGCUUCCUGCCAGCAUUUCUGCCAGCCGCCCCGCGCCACAGCGACGCAUUGAGAGGAAAACCGAGAGACAAAAACCUCUGCGGGGACACCCCGUGACCGCCGUGUCCAACAGCCUACGCGCCGCGCGCCUCCGCGUCUGUCUCAGAGCCCGUUUCUCACAGCUUCGACGCAAAGGCACAGCUUUGAACCUGCCUGCCAAGAUAAACUCACCUCUCCUAUUUAUGCCCCUGCACUCCGCGUGCACUCGGGACACGCAGAGCGUGAGCAGCGGCGCAGAGGACAGGUUCACUUCUCUCCAGCGGGGCUCCAGCGGCGCACUGGCCACUUUUACGCGCUGGGAAUGGCGACUUCUGGGGACUCUGGAAUGAGCCCUACUCUGUUGUCUCCGCUCUAAGAUUACAAAGGGGAACCCACGCGUGGAAGGAGAGGACACUCCAACAGAAAUACAGCGGAGACAUAUUGGCCUCCCGCCGUAGGUGGGUGGGUGGGAGGGGGUGACACGCCGGCCGCCAGGCGGAAUGCUGCUCUCGACGCUGGUGACGUGCCUCGCCGGGUGCGCGUUCCUCCUGUCGCCGGUCAGCGAGGGGUGCGGACCGGGCAGAGGCAAUGGCAAGAGGCGGCCGCCGCGGAAGCUGGUCCCUCUCGCCUACAAGCAGUUCACCCCCAACGUAGGCGAGAAGACGCUUGGAGCCAGCGGGAGAUAUGAAGGGAAAAUUACCCGGAACUCCGAGCGCUUCAAGGAGCUCACCCCCAACUACAACCCUGACAUCAUCUUCAAGGAUGAGGAGAACACAGGUGCAGACCGCCUGAUGACGCAGCGCUGCAAAGACAGGCUGAACUCUCUGGCCAUCUCGGUGAUGAACCUCUGGCCCGGGGUCCGGCUACGGGUCACCGAGGGCUGGGAUGAGGACGGCCACCACUCGGAGGAGUCGCUGCACUAUGAGGGCCGGGCGGUGGACAUCACCACGUCGGACAGGGACAGGAACAAGUACGCCAUGCUGGCACGGCUGGCAGUGGAGGCCGGAUUCGACUGGGUCUACUACGAGUCCAAAUAUCACAUCCACUGCAGUGUCAAGUCAGACCACUCAGUGGCGGCUAAGUCUGGAGGUUGUUUCCCUGGUGAGGCCUUGGUCAUAUUGGAAAGUGGAAGUCAGAAGCCCGUCAGUGAUCUGCGACCCGGUGAGAGAGUCCUCGUCUCGUCGGGCAGCGAUGGUAGCGGUGAGCUGGUGUUCAGUGAGGUCCUGACAUUCCUCGAUCGGGACCCCAAGACCCGGAAACUCUUUUACACCCUGCAGACUGAAGCUGGGGCUCAGCUCUCGCUCACCGCCGCCCACCUAAUAUUUGUAUCUAAAGAGAACUGCUCAGAAGGGGCGGUGCCAGCCCGCGAUGCCCUCAGGACUGUGUACGCCAGCGAUGCCCAGCCGGGACAGUGUGUGCUGGUGUCAGAGGGUAAAGGGGGACAGAAGCACAGGGAGGGGCAUCUGUCUCGGAUCAGCCGGGUGACAGUAAAGGAGAUGAAGGGGGUGUUUGCGCCGCUGACCCAGCAGGGGACAGUGGUGGUGGACGGGGUGGUGGCAUCCUGCUAUGCAGUGGUGGACCAGCACUCUCUGGCUCACUGGGCCUUUGCCCCACUCAGGCUGAUCCACAGCUGGACUGGGACCACUGGGGGCCACAGUGAUGGGAUCCACUGGUACUCACAGCUUUUACACUGGCUGGGGAGGAAGUUGUUGGACUCAGGACGGCUCCACCCGCUGGGAGUGGCUCAGGACAACAGGUGAGGAAGCUGAACUGCAAAGUAAGAGCCAAACAGGACCCUAAUGAACUUCCUGCAGCGAUGGGAGACAUUUGGCUUCCUGCUUAGGCCUGAUGGGAAGAAUAAAAAGACAUGAAGUGACACAGAUGAGACCAAAUAAACAUUCAGACUUAAAAAAGUGCACAAACAAAUGUUUUUGUUGUUUGACAUUUAUAUUUGUAAAACACUAUGAAGCAAUAAUCCCUUAAAACAUCCUUAAUUAACUCUAUAAACAUGUAAAUUUAAAAAUCCAUUAAUUACAAAAUGAAGACGAUGAUAAGGUUGACAUGAGUCUCCCUUAAAUUGGUUGGUUAUAUGUUGGUGAGUCGAGAUACUUAUAGGUUGAAAAUGAUUAUAAUUUUAGAGGUUUCUACUUUGAAAGCUGUUUAUGGUAAACUGUUGAUAUUUUGUGGAUUAUGGGAAUUUUAAUGUGAUUUUUAAACAACACAACAAAUCCCAUGAGGGGAAAAAAGUAAGGUAUUUUAAGGGUUCCCUUUAAGAUACUGUUAAAAUACAGACGUAUAUUAAAAAGACUUGUAACCAUUAAACAUAGUUUUAGAAAUAGAAAAGUUAUUUGGUUUUAUUAAUGUUUUAAAGGGGUUUUAGCAUCCUGUAAUUUCAGAUAAUCUCUUAAUUUAUCCCAUAAUUUUCCCUUAAUCUGGUGUAAACCUUGAAACUGCCUGAUUACUGAAAUUUUAUCUGUUUUCACCUGACCCCAAACCAAACCUCUAACCCUGAAAAACUCCUUUUUUGUUAAUCAAUGGAUUUUUCCAGUUUUCAGAUGAGCUACUCCUACUACACUAUGAAAUCUGGGCAGAUUAGUGUGAGAUUUAAGGUGUAAUUUUAAGGGAUUUUGUUUCAUAGUGGAACCCGGGAAAGGGUUGGGGUGGAGGGCUGUGCUCUUUGUAAAAGGACAAAAUGUAUUUUUUUCUCCAACACAUGUACUUUCCUGCUUUAAUACAGAGAUUUUAGAAUUAAUAAUAGAAUGUAUUUAUGAUAUUAUUUGUUUACAGAAAAUCUAAUAAUGUUUAUGAAGUUAUUAUUAUGGGAAAAGAUAUAUUAAAAAGAUUUAUUUUUGAAAUUAAAUUA